UCUCGGCCGCCGCUGCCGCUGCUGCCGCCGCAGCUACCGCCGACACCGCCGCCGCCGCCGUCGCCGCCGCAGCCCGAGACUCGCGCAGAGCAGUUAUGGCGGAUUCCGCAGCGCUCGCGCCUGUGGCUCCGGCUCCCGCCCAGGCCCCAGCCGCGGCCUCGGAGGCGGCCCCGGACGCAGCCCCGGUCUCGGCCCCGGCGCCCGCCCCGGACUCGGCCUCCGGUCCGUCCUCGGACUCCGGCCCCGAAGCCGGCUCGCAGCGCCUGCUGUUCUCUCACGACCUGGUGUCGGGCCGUUACCGCGGCUCCGUGCACUUCGGGCUGGUGCGCCUCAUCCACGGCGAGGACUCGGACUCGGAGGGCGAAGAGGAGGGCCGCGGGAGCUCCGGCUGCUCCGAGGCUGGGGGCGCGGGCCACGAGGAGGGCCGGGCCAGCCCGUUGCGCCGCGGCUACGUGCGCGUGCAGUGGUACCCGGAGGGCGUCAAGCAGCACGUGAAGGAGACCAAGCUGAAACUGGAGGACCGCUCCGUGGUGCCCCGGGACGUGGUCCGGCACAUGCGAUCCACCGACAGCCAGUGCGGCACCGUGAUCGACGUCAGCAUCGACUGCGCCGUCAAGCUCGUCGGCACCAACUGCAUCGUCUACCCUGUCAACAGCAAGGACCUGCAGCACAUCUGGCCCUUCAUGUACGGCGACUACAUAGCCUACGACUGCUGGCUGGGGAAGGUGUACGACCUGAAGAACCAGAUCAUCCUGAAGCUGUCCAACGGCGCCAGGUGCUCCAUGAACACGGAGGACGGCGCCAAGCUCUACGACGUCUGCCCGCACGUCAGCGACUCCGGUCUCUUCUUCGAUGACUCCUACGGCUUCUACCCGGGCCAGGUGCUCAUCGGCCCCGCCAAGAUCUUCUCCAGUGUCCAGUGGCUGUCGGGGGUCAAGCCUGUGCUCAGCACCAAGAGCAAGUUCCGGGUCGUGGUGGAAGAGGUGCAGGUUGUGGAACUGAAGGUCACGUGGAUCACCAAGAGCUUCUGUCCAGGGGGCACGGACAGCGUCAGCCCCCCGCCCUCUGUCAUCACCCAGGAAAACCUAGGCAGGGUGAAGCGUCUCGGCUGCUUUGACCAUGCGCAGCGGCAGCUGGGGGAGCGCUGCCUGUUUGUCUUCCCGGCCAAGGUAGAGCUGGCCAAGAUUGCCUGUGAAUGCCCCGACAAACACUGCGCCCCGGGGGAGGGCUCCAUGGCCAAGAAGGUGAAGCGCCUGUUGAAGAAGCAGGUCGUGAGGAUCAUGUCCUGCUCCCCGGAUGCGCAGUGCCCCAGGGACCACUCGGCGGAGGACCCGGGCAAGAAAGGGGGGGCCGGAGCAAAGAGCGAAACGGGGUCCGCCAGCCCCGAGGGGACUCCCGACGGGUCCCCCAGCCCGGUGGAGAUGCAGGACGAGGGCCCGGAGGAGGCCCCGGAGGCGGGCGAGCAGCUGCCCCCCUUUCUGCUGAAGGAGGGCGGGGACGACAGGCUGCACUCGGCCGAGCAGGACGCGGACGACGAGGCUGCCGAUGACACGGACGACACCAGCUCAGUCACCUCCUCCGCCAGCUCCACCACUUCCUCCCAGAGCGGCAGCGGCACCAGUCGCAAAAAGAGCAUCCCCUUGUCCAUCAAGAACUUAAAGCGAAAACACAAGAGGAAGAAGAAUAAAAUCACCCGGGACUUCAAGCCGGGGGACAGGGUGGCAGUGGAGGUGGUGACCACCAUGACCUCCGCGGACGUGAUGUGGCAGGACGGCUCCGUGGAGCGCAGCAUCCGCUCCAACGACCUCUUCCCGGUGCACCACCUGGACAACAACGAGUUCUGCCCCGGGGACUUCGUGGUGGACAAGCGAGUCCAGAGCUGUCCCGACCCCGCCGUCUACGGCGUGGUGCAGUCUGGGGACCACGUGGGCCGCACCUGCGUGGUGAAGUGGUUCAAGCUGCGGCCCAGCGGGGACGAUGUGGAGCUGAUCGGAGAGGAGGAGGACGUGAGCGUUUACGACAUCGCCGACCACCCGGACUUCCGGUUUCGCACCACGGACAUCGUCAUCCGCAUUGGCAACGCUGAGGACGGGGCUCCUCACAAGGAGGACGAGCCAUCAGUCGGCCAGGUGGCCCGCGUGGACGUCAGCAGCAAGGUGGAGGUGGUGUGGGCCGACAACUCCAAGACCAUCAUCCUGCCCCAGCACUUGUACAACAUCGAGUCCGAGAUCGAGGAGUCGGACUACGACUCGGUGGAAGGCAGCACCAGUGGGGCAUCCUCCGACGAGUGGGAGGACGACAGCGACAGCUGGGAGACGGACAACGGGCUGGUGGAGGACGAGCACCCCAAGAUAGAGGAGCCCCCGGUCCCACCACCCGCGGAGCAGCCGGCGGCCCCCGAGGAGGAGAAGGGAGUGGUGAUCAGCGAAGAGGCCGCCACGGCCGCCAUCCAGGGGGCCGUGGCCAUGCCCGCCCCGGUGGCCGGGCUGAUGGAGAAGGCGGGCAAGGACGGGCCCCCGAAGAGCUUCCGGGAGCUGAAAGAGGCCAUCAAGAUCCUGGAGAGCCUGAAGAACAUGACCGUGGAGCAGCUGCUGACGGGCUCCCCCACCUCCCCCACGGUGGAGCCCGAGAAGCCGACUCGGGAGAAGAAGUUUCUGGACGACAUCAAGAAGCUGCAGGAGAACCUCAAGAAGACCCUGGACAACGUGGCCAUCGCAGAGGAGGAGAAGAUGGAGGCCCUGCCGGACGCGGAGCGCAAGGAGGACAGGCCCGAGGCGCAGUCCCCGGUCAAGGCCGAGUGGCCCAGCGAGACCCCGGUGCUCUGCCAGCAGUGCGGUGGCAAGCCCGGCGUCACCUUCACCAGCGCCAAGGGCGAGGUCUUCUCGGUGCUCGAGUCCGCACCCUCAAAUCACUCUUUUAAGAAAAUCGAGUUCCAGCCUCCGGAAGCCAAGAAGUUCUUCAGCACCGUGCGGAAGGAGAUGGCGCUGCUGGCCACCUCGCUGCCCGACGGCAUCAUGGUCAAGACCUUCGAGGACAGAAUGGACCUCUUCUCAGCCCUGAUCAAGGGCCCCACGCGCACCCCCUACGAGGAUGGCCUCUACCUGUUCGACAUCCAGCUCCCCAACAUCUACCCGGCCGUGCCCCCCCACUUCUGCUACCUCUCCCAGUGCAGUGGCCGCCUGAACCCCAACCUGUACGACAACGGGAAGGUGUGCGUCAGCCUCCUGGGCACCUGGAUCGGAAAGGGGACAGAGAGGUGGACGAGCAAGUCCAGCCUUCUCCAGGUGCUCAUCUCCAUUCAAGGCCUGAUCCUGGUCAACGAGCCCUACUACAACGAGGCAGGCUUCGACAGCGACCGGGGGCUGCAGGAGGGCUACGAGAACAGCCGCUGCUACAACGAGAUGGCGCUGAUCCGCGUGGUGCAGUCCAUGACGCAGCUGGUGCGGCGGCCGCCCGAGGUCUUCCAGCAGGAGAUCCGGCAGCACUUCCGCGCCGGCGGCUGGCGGCUGGUGAGGCGCAUCGAGUCCUGGCUGGAGACCCACGCCCUGCUGGAGAGGGCCCAGGCGGUGCCCGGCGGGGCCUCCAAGGACAGCGGCUCUGCGGCGGCCGAGCUCCCGGACGGCGGUGAGGCGGAACCUGAGGACGGCAGGCUGGCCGCCGGCGAGGCCUCCCAGGGCUCGGACUCCGAGGGCGGCGCCCAGGGCCCGGCCGCGGCCGGCAGGGACCACACAGACCAGACCUCGGAGGCGGGGCCGGAUGCCUCGGUGCCGCCCAGCGUCAAACCAAAGAAGCGAAGAAAGAGCUACCGGAGCUUCUUGCCCGAGAAGAGCGGCUACCCUGACAUCGGCUUCCCCCUCUUCCCGCUCUCCAAGGGGUUCAUCAAGAGCGUGCGGGGCGUCCUGGCGCAGUUCCGGGCCGCGCUGGCCGAGGCGGGCAUGCCCGAGUGCGCAGACGACAAGUAGCCGCAGGCCCUGUGGGACGGAGCGUCGCGGUGGGAGGGGCCGCAGCUGCGUGCGCGCUCCCUCCCCUGGACCCGCCCCUCUUCCCACUCUCUCCUCUGUCCCCGACGCAAGCCCCCCACGGCCCCAGCUUCCCAAGGAGAGUGUGAUGCUGACGUGCAGGAAGUUUUUGGAGAUGCUGCCACUUCUGUUCCGAAGUAGUCUCUUAGCAGGCGAGCCCCCGUGCAAAGCCAGCCUGAACCCCGUGGCUGAUUGUCCACUUGCCACCACGGGCAACACGUCCCGCGCUUGCCCCCUUGCCGUCUCCAUCUCGGGUCGGAGGUGGGGUUCCCAAGGGCCUGGCGCGGCGCCCGGCGCCCCGGGGCUGUGCAGAGCAGCAGCAGGUGCUGAGCAUGCAGUGCGGACUGCCCCGGCGCGUUCCCUCGUCCCUGCCGCCCUCUCCAGUGCCAUGGUAGCUUCCCCGGGUCCCAGGCCAGGGCCCCCAGGCCCUCCCUUGUCCCCUGGCGUCAGCGUACUCUCCUGGGAGCUGCGUCCGAGUCUGCCGGCUUCGGGCUCUGCUCUGGCGCAGUCGCCGCAGGACCACCCUCAGGCCUGUCGAACUUGCGCCCGCAGAGACCAGGCUGGGCUCAGGGCGACACGCGGAAGAGGUGGUGGCCCUCGCACGCUGACGCGGGGCGAGGACCGGGUUGCUGCUGGGGAAGAACAACUGUAGGUGCCUUGCUCUUCUGUCCCACGGGGCCGGGUGGGUAGUCCUGGCUCCGCGGCCUCGAGCGUCUCCUCCCUGCCCCACCCAGCCCGGCCCAGGACCCCGGGGGCGGGGGCGGGGGCAGCGGCACAUCCAGGGCCUUGGCACGUGUGCGGGGGUCUCUCCCACGGGCUCUGUCCCUCCCACCGUCAAAUGCUCAUUCUGGGAGGCGGCCUGUAGCUCACGGUACGGAGCCGGCCCUCUCCCCCACGAGAUCAAGGCCGCCUGUCAGCCCUUUGCUUACCAACUCUGCGGGCUCCGUCUAGGGGGGGGAGAGGUGGCUGGGGGAGGGGGUCCGCACCUUUGCAGAGACAGGCCCCGAGGUUUACAAGUUUUCUAAGCUUUUGAUAAUGUGAAGCUCCAGGGUAAGAGGAUGCUGUGAGCACACUGCAGGUAUGUAAUUUUUGGUGUACGUAUGUAAUAUUUAAGGUUGAAAGAAAAUAAAUUUCAGAAGCAAAGAUAUUAACUCUUACUAGAAAAAAAACAAAAAAAAGAAGCCAAAGCAUGAUGCGUCUUGUCCGCCUUAAGCUGGCUCCUCGCCCGAGCGGCACCAUUUCCACGCAGCGGGCAGCGGCCGCAGGGAAGGACGCGCCGGGCCCGGCCACGACACCUGGGCCGAGCCGGGGCCCCGCGGGAGGAGCUCCCGGAGUGGCCGGUGGGGCCGCGCUUCCCAGGGCCCCGCCCCCGUGGAGAUGUGAAUGCCUCCUGCUUAAGAAAUCUGUACAAAGUGCUGUGUGAUUAAACCUUUUUUUUACUUGCAUUUUUUUUUUGUUUGGCUCAUUACAAUGUACAAAACAGACAAGGUGGCACCAUUAAACCUGCCUCUGCCAUUCA